UUCAGCAAAAGUGUCACCCCUUGUUUUUGUUUUUCUUUGACUUGCAUCUUGCUAAUAUGUGUUUAUGGCUUUGUCUUCUUGAUUUUGUUGACCAAGGAGUAUACCUUGAUUGAUCCACCUCAAGCACUUAAAUCUUGGAAUUGGAGUUGUGAGUCUGAGUGAAUCCACCUUUCUCACAAUAUUCUAAGCCUUUGUCGAGAGUUAUUGGGGAGUGAUUUGAGGGGGGUUUGGGACAUCAAGGUUGAGUUCAUCUUCUUAAAUUCUACUUUCUUUUAUUACUAACCUCUAGGACUAGUUCCUAGUGUUUGUUUGAUUUGUAGGUACUUACUCUAUGCCUCCUCGCACCCGGUCCAACAAAAUGGCGGGGACAAGUGCGGAGGGGGAGGAAACAAGCAUGACUCACCCUACACCCGAUGGGGACCUUGUGAGCAUGAUGGCCCGAAUGAUGAAGGAACUCAAACAAGAGAUGAUGAUCCAGAUGGAUGAGCGAGCAAAAGAAUCCAUUGUUCAAUCAAAAGAAUCCGAAGCCCGCAUGCUUGCCGCCCAAAACACUUUAUUUGAGGAGUUCAACACCUUGAAGGGAGGCCGCACAUCUAGGACUCCUACUUCUAGGGGUAACAAUCUACCUAAUGUUUCCCCGGAGGAGAUGAUGGAAGAAGUGGUGUAUGAGGGAUGGCAAAGGGGGAAUGAUAGAAAUAGAGUCAAUCACAUGGAGAAUGAUCGGUUUGGGGGAAGAAAUGGUGCCCGUGGCCGUUUUAAAGGUGACUAUGAAUCAAGGUACCAUGGAGAUGGGCUUGAUAGAGGAUAUAGUGGGAAAAGAGCUCCCAAGUCUCAUGGAGAGUGGUAUUCUAGGAGGGUGAGGGAUCAAGUUAGCCAUAAGGGGUUUGAGAGGCCAAUUGAAGAAGAAGUCUCAUAUAGAACUCGAUUGAGGCCUACCUACCCACAUGGUGGUGUUGACACAAACCAAAGAGGAAAUUUAAUUGAAGGCAUGGAAGUGAGGCAUCAUGUUGUACAUGGCUUGGAAACUACUCACCUGGAGAAGGAAAAAGAGGAACGAGG